AUGCAGCUUUCUUCGCUCCUUACCGUUGCUCUUCUGCCUUUGGCCGCCCUGGCCACCCCUGUGCCCCAGGAUGCAGAUGUCGUGUCGCCCAGCGAGCUGUUCAAGCGCCGCACCCCCACCACCUGCUCCAUUGUCCGGGCCGCCGUAAACUGCCGUAGCGGACCAUCAACCAAGUACUCGGCCAAGAAGAAGCUGUCCAAGGGAUCAAGCCACUCUUUUGUCUGUGUUGUCUCCGGAGAAUGCAUCACGCUGGAUGGGUCCACAAACUGCGGCUGGCAUUACUCUCUAUCCGCUGGAUGCUAUGUCAACGGCCACUACACUAGCUCCCAGUGCACUCUUGACCCUCAAGCACCUCCUCCUUACGAUGCGGAAAUGGAAAAGGGGCCCCUCCUACUCUUGAUCGCCGGGGCCAACGGCGAUGCGACAAUCUUCCAGCAGAUUGCGGUCCCGUUGUCGGAGCACUUCACCGUGGUAGCUUACGACCGGCGAGGCUUCUCCCGCAGCGAGCUGCAAGGACCGCAAAACUACGAGACGCGGCUCGCCACCGACGCCGACGACGCCAGACGCCUGAUUGAGCAUCUAUCCAAAACCCCAGCCAUCGUCUUCGGAAGCAGUUCCGGUGCCGUCGUCGCACUAACACUUCUGAUUCGCCAUCCCUCCGCCGUCCGCGCGCUGAUUGCGCACGAACCGCCCGCCGUGAACUUGUUAGCCGAGGCGGAAGCUCUGCAGUGGCGAACAUUCUUCAACGACGUGUACGACGUGUAUCGCGAGGAAGGGGUGAAGAAUGGCAUGCAGAAAUUCGUCGCGGGCGUGCUCACCCGCGAGGAGGCCGAACACUUGCGAGCGCGGUCGAGCAGCGGUGACGCGCCCGAGAGGAGUGCCGCCAAUAUCCAAUACUGGUUCGAGCACGAAGUUCGGCAGUACACGUCGGCGGAUUUAGACGUGGGCGUGCUGAAGAAUUUGGCGGAUCGUUUGAUCCUCGCGGCGGGGAUGCCUCGCGCGACUGUUUCCCGUAUCGGCCGAAUAAAGCUCUGUCGGAGAAGCUUGGGUUGGAUAUUCUGGAACUACCAGGGGGCCAUCUAG